CUUUGUCGGCCAGGCAGACCUGGGCUUGUACUGACUGGGCUUGUACUGGACCUGGGCGGGCUGACUCGAGCGAGCGAGGACGGAUCCGCGGGCCUUACUUUGGGUCACUAACUGCCUCACGAUUGCACCAUGAUGGUGCUAUCCACCUUGGCAAGAGCCGUGUGAUAACAAGGGUUAAGGCGAAGACGAAGCUGGCCGGCUUUAGAAUCCGGGCAUUAUAGCCGGGCGAUGAUGGCACAGGAGAGUGUGCCAUGCGUACGUCACGCUCCGGCCACAUGCGGCGACCAAAGGCCAUCGCUCUCCGUGGGUGUGAGGAUACGGUACCGGCAUACUCUGGUAGCUUUUGUUAUUAGUCUCCGAGUUUCCGCUGGUUAUCAAGGCUGGCACAGCCCAGCCCAGCCGGGUCCGACUCAGGUCAGCUGGAACCCGAGCGGACGACGUCUGUUUUGCGAGGGACGGGACGUUCGAUUUCCUUUUCCCUCCUGCCCAUCACCUCCCUCUGCAUUUGACGCUGCCCGCUCGGUCAAGUUUCCGGCACCUUCACCUCAGAGCGACGUCUCUCGCUCGCCGACACUCGCUAUCGCGUGCCUCUGCGCUCUGGAGUUGAGACCCGAGUCCCCCGCCGUCCGUCACGCGACGACAUGCCGCACCCAUUGGUGGCCACAGGUACGUAACGGUGCGGUACAUAACGUUGAUCACCUCACAUGUCUGCUGCCCCUCAUUUUGGCUGUUUUGGGCGUCUCUGGCGCUGGGCAGUUUCGUCGCCGUCGGGGGUCCAGGUCAGUCGUCGUCGUCACCUCGAGGCCGUGUACAAGGUACACUCGCGCGUACUCGUACCCCGCGCCGCCGACGUCGACUGCCUGGCACUCAGCCCCCGUGGAACAGUGGGAUGCUUGCGAAUCACAGCCCUGACUGCCCUGAUCUGCCCUGUGCUUUUCCCGCCCCGUCCACUGUCUUGCGCUGCGCUGCUGCCUCUGCUAUUGCUUCUGCCUAUACCUCUCCUUGUACCUGUCUACCUGCAAGCUUGUCUGCCUGAAAUGGUCUGCUGCUGUGCCUGAGCUGAGCGGCUCACUGACUGAUCUCCUACCGCUCACCCGCACUGUUCAUCCACCACUCACCUGCUGCAACUCCCCACCUGCUUCUCUGGUGGCAAAUCCAACCGCCAGAGGACUACGCAAUCCAAU